GGGGAAUUACUGUGAACCAGCGUGGUUUAAUCUGAAGAAUUUAAAAGGUCGGAGAUUUGAAAUUUAUGACAAAAAUUGUGUACACCGAAUGUGACUAUCGAUAACAGUCAAAUGUAACUUAGUCAUCACUCAGUGAAUGGAAGUUUUCAGUCACUUGGAGUCGCUUUUGUAACCAUGACAGUAGUCAUUGGGUUUGAAGGAAGUGCCAACAAGCUUGGUAUUGGAAUAGUAAGAGAUGGAAAAGUUUUGUCUAACCCUCGAGUGACUUACAUCACUCCACCAGGAGAAGGUUUUCUUCCACGAGACACUGCAAAACACCAUCAAGCUCAUGUUUUGGAUGUUCUAGAAAAGGCAUUAUUAGAAGCAAAUGUGAAACCAAGUGAGAUUGAUGUUGUUUGUUAUACAAAAGGUCCUGGUAUGGGGGCACCCUUAGUGUCUGUAGCUGUUGUUGCCAGGACUGUAGCUCAGUUAUGGAACAAGCCUAUCAUUGGAGUUAAUCAUUGUAUUGGUCAUAUUGAAAUGGGACGUACUAUAACAGGUGCAGAAAAUCCUACCGUGCUGUAUGUUAGUGGAGGUAACACCCAAGUAAUUGCUUACAGCCAGAAAAGGUAUCGAAUUUUUGGUGAAACAGUUGACAUCGCUGUAGGAAAUUGUCUAGAUCGCUUUGCCAGAGUUUUAAAGCUUUCUAAUGAUCCUAGUCCAGGCUACAAUAUUGAACAGAUGGCAAAAAGAGGUAAAAUCCUUGUACCUUUACCGUAUGUUGUGAAAGGAAUGGAUGUGUCUUUCUCUGGCCUCCUUUCAUAUAUUGAGGACAGAGCAGAAUCUCUGCUUGGCAGUGGCCAGUACACCAAAGAAGAUCUCUGCUUUUCUCUGCAAGAAACAGUAUUUGCUAUGUUAGUAGAGACAACAGAGCGAGCUAUGGCUCAUUGUGGCUCAAAAGAAGUACUGAUUGUAGGUGGUGUUGGCUGCAACGUACGGCUACAGGAUAUGAUGGAGAAGAUGGCAAAAGAACGUGGAGCAACCCUUUUUGCAACUGAUGAGCGGUUUUGUAUUGAUAAUGGAGCCAUGAUUGCACAGGCUGGUUUAGAAAUGUAUCUGAGUGGGCAGACAACCAAAUGGGAAGAAACCACCUGCACUCAGAGGUUCCGAACUGAUGAAGUUGAAGUUACUUGGAGAGAUUAACCUGCAUGUUAUAUUUUAUAAGAUGAGUGAAAAUACAUAAUGUAAAUUUCAUUUGAAUAAAAUAUAAAUUUUAAUUAACCAUUAAA